ACAAGGGGAAGGCAGGCAAGAGUGUCCCUGCUAGGAAGAGGCGGGAUCAAAGCACCUGGAGGGUUCUCCAGGACACAAGUAAACACUGAGGUCAUCCUGCUCCCAAGGAGCUUUGCCCCCAGGCUGUUUCCCCCAGCUAUAAAAGCCCCUGCCCCAAGCAGGAUUCCCAGACUGUAGCGGUACCAUGGCCAAGUCACACCUGUUGCCGUGGCUGCUGUUGCUGCCCACACUGUGUGGCCCAGGCACUGCUGUCUGGACUGCCUCAUCCCUGGCCUGUGCCCAGGGCCCCAAGUUCUGGUGUCAAAGCCUGGAACAAGCAGUGCAGUGCAAAGCCCUGGGACAUUGCCUACAGGAAGUCUGGGGACAAGUGGGAGCUGAUGACCUGUGCCAGGAGUGUGAGGACAUCAUUGGCAUCCUCCCAAAAGUGACCAAGGAAGACAUUUUCCAGGACACAAUUCGGAAGUUCCUGGAGCAUGAGUGUGAUGUCCUCCCCUUGAAGCUGCUAGUGCCCCAGUGUCGAAAUGUGCUUGAAGUCUACUUCCCCUUGGUCAUCGACUACUUCCAGAGCCAGAUCAGCCCAAAGGCCGUCUGUGGGCACAUGGGCCUGUGCCAACCUGGGAAGCCAGAGCCAGAAGAAGACCCAGGGAUGCCAGGCCCUGUGCCUGACCCUCUGCUGGACAAGCUGGUCCUCCCUAUGCUGCCAGGGGUCCCCUUGACAAGGACUGGGCCUCAUACACAGGACCUCGCAGAGCAGCAGUUCCCCAUACCCCUGCCCUUCUGCUGGCUCUGCAGGACCCUGAUCAAGAGGAUACAAGCCGUCAUUCCCAAGGGUGUGCUGGCCGUGGCUGUGUCCCAAGUAUGCCAUGUGGUACCCCUGGUGGUGGGUGGCAUCUGCCAGUGCCUGGCUGAGCGCUACACAAUCCUCUUGCUGGAUGCGCUGUUGAGCCGUGUGCUGCCCCAGCUAGUCUGUGGCCUCAUCCUCCGAUGCUCCAGUGAAGACAGCCUUGGCCCAGCCCUCCCUGCUCUGGAGUCCCCAACAGAAGAAUGGCUGCUCCAAGAUUCAGAGUGCCAGCUCUGCAUGUCUGUGAUCACCCAGGCCUGGAACAGCAGUGAGCAGACCAUACCACAGGCAAUGCGCCAGACCUGCCUUGGCUCCGGACUGGACAGGCAAAAGUGCGAGCAGUUUGUGGAGCAGCACACACCCCAGCUGCUGGCCCUGGUGCCCAGGGCCUGGGAUGCCAACACCACCUGCCAGGUCCUGGGGUUGUGUGUGGCCUCAUCCAGCCCUCUCCAGUGUCUACAAAGCCCUCACCUCUGAUGGGACUUCAGCCUCCAGGUAAGUCUUGGUUCUAACCUGAGGAGGGGGAGGGAGAGAGGUCUUACCUGUGAGAAUGUCAGGGCUGGAGGCCCUCUUGCCCCUCAGCAGGAAGAGGCAGCCACUCCUGCAGGCUGCUCCAUCCCACCUCUCCUGGGCACAGCUCCAGGGCUCCUGAGAACUUCUGGCACCAUCAGGAAAGGGCCCUUCUCAGGGCCUGCUCACUCCCCACCACUCUGACCUGUCCCAGCCCUCUUCAGCUCCUGCU